CUUGCUCGCAUAUAGCUCGCUAGCUGCCCUCUCUUCAUCAAAGCAUACCAAUAUCAACCCAAGGCUUAUUGUCGCAAGUACACAUACACAGGUGCAAUCAACAUGUCGAACAGAACACUUCUCUACGCCGGACUCGCCGCUGCCGGGGCGGGAGGAUACUAUCUUUACCGGGCUGGAGGGAGUCCUCAGGCGGCCAAGGAGAAUAUCAAGGAGGAUGCCCGGAAAGCUCGCGAGGCAGUUCCCCGCGGCUCCAACGCUGCUCAUGCCGGUGAGGUUGCGGGGGAGGGAGUAUCUAAUAUCGACGAGGCGGUAAACAACGCACGUUCCCAAGGAAAACCCGACGAGAUAAUUCCUGAAGCUACAGAACGGGGUAGGAGCAGGAUCGACCAGGCCCGUCGCGACAUGGAGACGUCGGUUAAUAGGUUCGAUCGGAAGGUGGAGGAUAAGACGGGUGAGGCGAAAGGGAAGUUGUCAGGGUUGUUUGGGAAGUGAAUUUAGGUAUUCUUUGAAGUUUGUAUGGAAUAAUAUCCUGAAGAGGGAUUGGAAGGUGAUUGAACUGUUGUCUGUUGUUGUACGAGUAGUCAACUACUACACAUAUAACCAUUUCGGGCAUACGCGUGCGUGUCGCGUCGCGUCGCGCUGUGCUGCAAAAUUAAAUUUUAGGGAUGCGUG